CCAGAGAUACACGUUGGGGAUUACAUUACAAAUGUGUUCUAAACAUUAUCUCCUUGUUUCCUGCAAUUGUUGAGGUGCUUGUGCACAUUGGAAAACAUGGUUCAUCGGAGGAUAAAUUCAAAGCUCAAAUUGUGUUGGGUUCAUUAGAAUCAUUUGGUUUUAUUUUCAUGGCUCACUUGAUGUUGACUAUUUUUGGAUACACUAAUGAUUUAUGUAUUGCUUUGCAAAGAAAUGAACAAGAUAUUGUUAAUGCCAUGAGACUUGUUUCUUCUACAACAAAAGUGUUACAAAAAAUGAGGGAACAAGGUUGGGAUAUUCUCUUGAAAAAAGUAACUUCAUUUUGCAAUAAACACAAAAUUGAUGUUCCCAAUAUGGAGGCUAAUUAUGUUCCACAUGGAAGAUCAAGGCGUUCUGUUGAGAAAGCUACAAAUGAACAUCAUUUUCGUGGUGGAAUUUUCUUGGAAGUGAUUAAUUUGCAUCUUCAAGAACUUGAUAAUCGGUUUAAUGAGAAAAACAUGGAGCUACUUACUUGCAUGACUAGCUUAAGUCCUAAGGAUAAUUUUUCAUCAUUUGACAAAGAAAAGGUGCUUAAACUUGCUUCUUUGUACCCCGAAGACUUUUCACAUAAUGAGUUGUUGAGUCUUGAUGAUCAACUUGAAGUGUUCAAGCAAAUCAUGUUAGAUGAUGAAAUUUUUUGAGAUUUGCAUGACAUUAAUUCUCUUUCAAAGAUGCUUGUCAAAACCAAGUUGCAUGAGACUUAUCAUCUUAUUCAUUUGCUUAUCAAGUUAAUGUUGAUUCUUCCCGUUGCUACGGCAAGUGUUGAAAGAGUCUUUUCGGAAAUGACAUACAUCAAAAGUAAAUUGAGAAAUAGUAUGGGUGAUCAACUUAUGAAUGAUUGUUGGUUACUUACAUUGAGAAAGAAGUGUUUUUGCAAGUCCCCGAUGAAGAUAUCAUUGAUCGAAAUCAAAAACUGAAGACUCGGAGAAUAUUUUAGUACUAUGUAACCAAAUUGUAUUAUUCAAUAGAUUUUGGGAUUGUAACUUUUUAGUAUUAAACAAGUAUGUACCCGAAUUAUUCAUAUUUUGUACUCGUUUUUAAAAACAGGUUGAUGUUAGUUGAAUUAUCGACAUUGUCCCCCAUUGUCAAAUUUCUAAAGGUACACUUCUGGUCGAGACAUGAGGCUUCCGAGAUUCAUGGUGGCUCUCCAUGGAACAACGAAAGAUAACAAACCUGCAAAAAAAAAAAAAAAAAAGGUCAUCGCCAAGGCAUCGACGAAGACGACUUUCGAUGUUGGCUUCUCAUCUUCCUGGCAUGGUGUUGCGGCGUAAGUUUUUGUGGUGUGGCAUGGCUUGAUAGGUCCCUAUAGUGUGACAUGAAAGUAGCUAUUGCGGCGUGACAUGCAUCAAAUAAGUUGUUGUGGUGUGGCGUGGCCUAGUAGCUCCCUCUAGUGUGGCAUGCUGGCAUCGUUUGUGUCUCGUGGCGUGACCGCUUCCCCAUGCUAUUGAUGUCAAGUAAGUGGUGCUCCUCUGUAGCUCCAUUGCGGGUGUCGGCUUGAGACCUUGAAGUAGCAGCUCUCUUCAUGGCGUGUUGCUAGAAGGCAAGUCACAGCUAGUAGCAAAUACUACGGUGACUUUGGUGUAGAAAAUCCAUUCACCUUUGGAUGUAUUUAUAGCCAUGAUGCAAGUAUGCAGCUGAUAAUGAUAAUCUCCAACACGAUAGAGAUUGGUGGUUUUAAACCUAUCUUUCCAUGUUGUUGAGAAUUUCGUGGGAUACUAAGUGGCUUUCAAAGUCUAUCACAGCAAGGCCAAGUAUAUGUCAUACAUAUAAAAAAAAAAAUAAAAAAAAAAAUAAAUUCAAUGUUACUAGACGUGAAAUGAUAUUUUGGUGGUUAAUCUUGAAAUCAUGAUAGAUUCCAUAAUAUCAUAGAUUAAUCAACUAAGGGGCAAUAUGCUUUUGUAAUAUACGACAAGUAGCUAGCUAAAUUUGGUUGGGUGUCUAGCUGAAUUUGGUUACAAAACAAGAUUUCGAGCCCGAUUACGAUCAAAUACUUUAAAUCGUGUCCG